AUCACUUUUCUUUAUUAUGCAAACAAAUUUUAUCGAACAAAACGUUUUAUUCGGUUCGAAACCGUAGAUAAUUUUAUACGUGACAAAAAACUGAGAUAGUGAUGUGCGAAAUGAAGCUAAUUGUGGUGAUCACUUGUUUAAUUCCGGAAAUAUUAGGCCAUCACAUCAAUUUUGAAGAAACCGAAUGUCCGGCAAGAUACAAAUUAGACGAAACGGUUUUCUCAAACCAAAAAUUUUUUCAAAAACUUGUCGAAGACAUUAAAUUCAAUAACAAUCGCACAGUAACGAAUGACUAUGUCGACGAAAUUUUCUUCAAUAUUCGCAAUUUGAUGAUACAUGAAGACUUUGAUCCCAUACAAUUGCCUGGUGUUUCGACAAACCUAUCUAAUACGUUCAUUGUGACGUAUCAGGGAAUUUUGAACCUGUCCCAAGGAUGGUUGAGUGACUUAUCGACCAUCCAUCGUAAAGGCGAAAUUAUAUCGUACAAUUAUCACAAUAAAUAUUUCAUGACAAUACCAGUCGCUUUCAAAGAAAUGCACUUCACUUAUGACUACGAUACCACAAUUAUGGGCCUGAAAUCUCAAGGGGGAAUUGAAGGAAAAAUCAGUUACUUAUCGGCAAAAGUAAAAAUCGGGUUCGAUUCUCAAAAAUUAGUGACGUUUUUAGAAGACUUCCACAUAGAUAAUUCAGGGAUUGUUUCUUUCCAUUUCACCGGAAAUGUCUUAACUGACUGGCUCCUCAAUUUAAUGAAACACACAACGAGCGAGCUUUUGCAAAAAGUCACUUUCUUUAUCCUUGAAAAUGUUCUUUGUGGAGGACUGGAGUCGGCCUUCAGAACCAUGAAUAAAAUGUUGAACCCCACUGGGCCUUCUAUGCAACUCCUGUAGUUUUGCUUAAUUAUUAAAAAAAAUUGUGACUCCACAUUUUGCAAAGAAUCAUGUUUUGUAAAAAUAAAAUUUUGGAAAAAAAGGAUAAAUAAAAAAACAUACCUAUACACACACUGAUAAGAGAUAACAGUUUUUAAUUCAUUAGUCAUCAUUUUGUUGUAAUUCGUGAAAUGAGAGAAAUGUAAUGUCAUUAAGGACGAUCAGUGAAAGGUGUGUCCAAAAAUGGUCUCGUCUAGAAAGUUGGUAGUGACUGUGUGUCUUUUGUUAACUUGCGGUGAAUUAUCUAUUAUAAUAAGCAGUGAAAUGUAUCUAACCUUACAUUAUAGAUAAAAUUUUAGGAUCUUUGCCGGGACCAUUUACGCAUGUAGCCCACUUGUCGAACUAGCAGAGGUAAAAGAUAUUCUUUGGGACAAUGCCUUGAAGUUUUUCUUUAUAUUUGUUAUCCUAGUAACUGUAGUAAUUUGUAUUUGUUGUCAAUUCAAAUCGAUUGAUGGCGAAAAGAAAAAGAAUGAAAGUAACAACAUGAGCAGUACUUACAACUUGAUUUAACGGCCCGACAAGAAGUAUCGAAAAAUAACUGCAAAAAAGGACAUGAUGAAAAUUGAAUGGUACCUUAUACUGUGACGUUGCAUUAGAUCUUAGAUAAUGAUAUUUAUCGAAGUAGAUAAUUGUUAAAAAUAUAUAGAUUACUAUUAAAGUUGGAGUACCUACUUAUGAAUAAUAAUAAUAAUAAUAAACGUAUAUGUAUCUAACUAAAUAUAUUUGUACAAACAAAACAGAAGUAUUUUAUUUAGCAAAUUAGCAACUUAUCACACCACCGUCCCAAAAUUGACGAAAAGACCUCACAAAUUGCAGCAUGGUGCUGAUUUAUGUACAUGUACACAAGCACAAUUUUUUUUAUUGGUGCUUUUUCUUUCAAAAUUCAAUUGUCUUACAGAAAUAAACGAUUUAUUUUCUACAAAAGCUAAAUAAUUAUGGUCAGUAAAAAUUUAUAUUAAAUCCAAAAUCAAAGCGUUUUUUAAAAAAAAUUCUGUAUUUAUUUUUGCAAAGUUUAUUAACAGAAAAGUAGAAUCACCUGACUCGUCAGGCGUUAGAUAAUAUAUCUAAAAAAAUACACCCAUCAACAGAUAAGUUACAGAUAAUGAAAAUGUAUAGUAGCCGAACCAGUUUGUAUUAAGAUUAAUGCGAAUUAAUGUUAUUAAACGCAUAGCAUUUGAGAGAGUAAGUGUGUAUACGCUUUUUAGCAACAAAAUAUCUAAACACGACCAAAAUGAAGCUUCAGUCCUUGUUCAUGUUGAUAAUUGCACAAUAUGCUAUUGCUGACGAAUUCCUGGUAUCAUCAGCCACAAACUCUCAGGACGUACAAAAUGAAUUCAACGGUUCCGCCAUUCGGUUUAUUAAAGCUCUACUCAAAGAUCACUUUGAAAUUAUUGCCAAGACAACUAUAGGAGUAAUUAGCAUACUCAUUGGUGCCAAAAUACUACACUAUCACUUCAAAACCAUGGAUCAAAGAAACAAUCCUGUUUAUCCAAGAGAUUUUAGCAAAUUUUCAAUUAGACAAUUCUGCUCGCAUUGUUGAAAUUAGGAGUAAAUCCUAGUGUUACAAUUGUGGAAUCUUCUGUCAUAUUCCAACAUCCGACAUUUUUUGUUGAUAAACAUAAGAUAAGAAUAAUAAUAAUGAACGCAAUCAAAAAAGAAUUGUAACGUAAAAUUAGUAAGUUUUUGUCAUAGGGUAGAUAUGUAUUUUUUUAAAUAAACAUACAUGUAAAUUUGCUAAAAAAAUUAUUCAUUUCCACCUCAAUCUCAAUAAAUAAAUCUACCCUUAGAUAAUGUUCUGAAAGAGCAUGAUUCUAUUUUUUUUCGGUAGAUGAGGUAUCUAUAGAUAAGAUAUAUAGCUUGAAAUUGUGGCAGUAGAUAACAGUCGAACAAUCCAAAAUAUCGGUAAAAUGCUGUCUUCAAAACACGUCGUUGGUGUGUUUGCCAUGGUAGUUUUUGUGGCCGCUAUAUACAGACACAGUCCAUUUUAUCAACCAAUACCAUUUCUGGAGAAGUUUACAGAUAUGACCCCUAAAGGCAUAAUCAUGCCAAUAAUCUGCAUUAUAAUAAUUGGAGCAUUAUUAGUAAUUUGUAGCUUACAAAGCUUUGAUAGAAAAAGCAAAAGCAACAAACUGAUGAAAAUCACAGACCUGACUAGCACUGUGUGAUGAUUGAAUGACGAUAUUUAUUCAAAAAAAAUAUUUAUUUAUGGAUUAUAUAAAUGAUCUUACAAAAUUACACCAACAAAGUUAAGAAAACUUCCGUCUCGAAGAUAAAGACGAGUGCUGAUGAACAAGCGAGAAAAACAUGUGAGGUCUCAUUGGAAGAGGUGUAUUAUCCACAACUGUAAAAGUGAAAAAACACAAUUUUUUUUUAAUAUUGAACAUAACUUCAUUAGUGCUUUUUUUAAAUGCAAUUGUGUUAAAGAAAUAAACAAUUUAUCUUCUACAAAAGCUAAAUAAUUAUGGUCAGUAAAAAUUUUUAUUAAAUCCAAAAUCAAAGCGUUUUUUAAAAAAAUAUCUGUAUUUAUUUUUGCAAAGUUUAUUAACAGAAAAGUAAAAUCACCUGACUCGUCAGGCGUUAGAUAAUAUAUCUAAAAAAAUACACCCACCAACAGAUAAGUUACAGAUAAUGAAAAUGUAUAGUAGCCGAACCAGUUUGUAUUAAGAUUAAUGCGAAUUAAUGUUAUUAAACACACAGCAUUUGAGAGAGUGAGUGUGUAUAAGCUUUUUAGCAAUAAAAUAUCUAAAUACGACCAAAAUGAAGCUUCAGUCCUUGUUCAUGUUGAUAAUUGCACAAUAUGCUAUUGCUGACGAAUUCCUGGUAUCAUCAGAUACAAACUCUCAGGACAUACAAAAUGAAUUCAAAGGGUUCCGCCAUUCGGUUUAUUAAAGCUCUACUCGAAGCUCACUUCUGAAUGAGCAUGAUUCUAUUUUUUUUUCGGUAGAUAAGGUAUCUAUAGAUAAGAUAUAUAGCUUGAAAUUGAGAUAGUAGGUAACAGUCGAACAAUCCAAAAUAUCGCUAAAAUGCUGUCUUCAAAACACGUCGUUGGUGUGUUUGCCAUGGUAGUUUUUGUGGCCGCUAUAUACAGACACAGUCCAUUUUACCAACCAAUACCAUUUCUGGAGAAGUUUAUAGAUAUGACCCCUAAAGGCAUAAUCAUGCCAAUAAUCUGCAUUAUAAUAAUUGGAGCAUUAUUAGUAAUUUGUAGCUUACAAGGCUUUGAUAGAAAAAGCAAAAGCAAGAAACUGAUGAAAAUCACAGACCUGACUAGCACUGUGUAAUGAUUGGAUGACGAUAUUUAUUCAAAAAAAAUAUUUAUUUAUGGAUUAUAUAAAUGAUCUUACAAAAGUUACCAACAAAGUUAAGAAAACUUCCGUCUCGAGGAUAAAGACGAGUGCUGAUGAACAAGCGAGAAAAACAUGUGAGGUCUCAUUGGAACAGGUGUAUUAUCCAUAAUUGUAAAAGUGAAAAAACUCUGAGCAUGUGUUUUUGACCCUUGUAAUAAUAUAACACCACAAAGAUGUCUAAUAAAACCAAUAAAAAACA